CUGGUAUUUCAUGAAACAUGUUCAUCAGGCUGUCGUGUAUUCUUCUUUUCGUUGUACUCCGUGCAAAUGGUACUCUUGAUUCGGAGAGCGAUAAAUAUCUAAGAUUUCCAACGAAUUUUACCUUGGGAGCAGCGACAUCCGCAUACCAAAUAGAAGGAGCUUGGAAUGUUAGCGAUAAAGGAGAAAGUGUUUGGGAUCGAUUCAGUCAUCGAUACGAUGGCCGUAUUGUCGCCAAUGUCACAGGUGACGUCGCCACGGAUUCUUAUUACAAGUACAAGGAAGACGUAGCCUUACUAAAGCAACUCGGGUUAGACUCGUACAGAUUUUCCGUGAGCUGGCCACGAAUAUUGCCAACAGGAUUCGCGAAUUACAUUAGCCAGGAUGGCGUUCGUUAUUACCACAAUCUG